AUUAUAUUGUAGCUUGGGAUUUACUCGUCUCGGCAGUUCAACAUUUUGUGUUUGCCACAUUGACACCGAUGCUGACAUAUGAUGUAAGUGCUAACAUGGCAGAAGGUGGACAAAGUUCAGAUCCUCCCUUCAAAGACAGCACACGAUCUAACCUGGUUUAUUCACACCUCAUGUUCAUAGAAUGUCCAAUCUGUCUGGAGCAGCUUCGUCAGCCAAAGUGUCUCCCUUGCCGCCAUUGUUUCUGCGAGGAAUGUUUGAGUAUCUACAUCGUCAAAGAAACUUCGAAGUCGAGUGGUACGGCGGCGUCCUUUACCUGUCCGGUAUGUAGGAAACUGACUCAUCCUGUCGACAAAUCAGAGGACAAGACAAAUUGGGCCAAGCAGUUCCCGACCGACAGGCAUGCUGUAGAGAGGAUCAGACUGGCGAACCAUCCCGUAGAGUCAUUCUUCUGUAGUCCGUGCCAGAAGAAGCGACAGACGACACAUGCAAGAUUCUGGUGUAAAGCGACCAGUUCCUCCUUCUGCGAGUCAUGUAAAGUCGAUUUCCAUGACAUGGUCCACACUGAAUGCGAUAUUGUUGACCUGACAAACUGGUUUGACCGGCUGAAUAUGAAUGAAGAAUGUGAACAACAUCACAGAAAGAAGAAUUAUUACUGUGAGGAUCACAAAUUCAUCGGUUGCAUUAAAUGUCUCACUGCCGGUCAUAAGGAUUGUAAAGCUUUGACAAGCCUCAAAGAUGUUUGUGCGAAAUUGAAAAAUGAAUCAUUACUCGACAAAAGUACGAGGUCUCUACAACUAGGGGUAACCGAAAUGGAGUCUCUAAUACAGGAAUUUGAUCUACAGCUUCAGACCAACGCAGAUGACAGAGAUACCGCUUUGAAAAGCAUUGAAGAUGUGCAAAAAAAGAUUGAGCAUCGUAUCGCAGAAAAGAAAAAGGAUGUAACAGACGAUAUGAUUGCAAAAUACAAGGAGAUAAGAGAUCAUUUGAAGGUUUCCAGUCAAAAGUGUGAACGGCUGAAGGCAGCUAUGCAGAAUACUUUGGAGUCGGCCGCUGAAGCGUUGCAGAGGAACGACUUUAUAAAUACGGUCCUGUUUUACCGAAGGGGUCAGACGGAGAUUGAAUCGUAUCAUGACUUGGCAGAAGAGAUGCAGAAGUCGCUUUUUGCUACACGGAUUGAACAUGAACUUGAUUCGAACUGGGAUAUUAGUUCAGUUUUGUGCUUUGGGAAGAUAGCGGUCCGAAAGGAUCAGCGCAUUGUUCAUGAAAGUAUCAAAAAUUUAAAAAAGGAUUUAACUAAAUGUAAACUAAAGGAAAUAGGAAAAGUGAAUAGGAAAAGUUCAUCGGAUACAUAUGACUGUAGGGGCUAUGUUUACCUGCCCGAUGGUCGGCUCGUAGUUGGAGAUCAUUAUAAACAAAAGCUCAAGUUAAUAGAUGCAAAAGGACAUGUUGUGGACGAACUGGACGUAAACGGACUUAUCUGGGACGUUUGUAUAGUGGACAACAGGACAAUAGCUGUCCUAACGGAGAAAGACGACGGUAUACACGUAGUGACCAUUACACCAUACAAACUGGUCAAUUCGGCCGAAAUAAAACUAGCCUUGGGCUCUUGUUCCUGUAUAGCAUACCGAAAUGGCGAGUUUAUCGUUAGUCAAGGGUGUUAUGUAUAUAGUGUAAAAAGUGAUGGAACUGUCCAUAAGAUUCACCAGUACGAUAGGACAGUAUCCGCUUUGUCUUAUGACCCUACGCAUGGACACCUGUUUAUCUCCUAUUUCACAAUUACUGGUGAUAGAGCGAUCAUCGGAAUGUUGUCACGUGACAAUAUAUACACUGACUUGGUGAAUGUCGGUAUCGUUGAAUGUGUGUCGGGGAUGGACGUACACAAGGAAGGAAACAUCUACGUUUGUGGUUCCAACACGUUAGUACAGAUGUCCGGGGACGGGAAACACAUAAGGCUUUUAACAAAAAUGGACAAUAUUGCGGAUCUUCAUUCAAUCUCCGUUUGUGGUGAUAGAAUCGCGAUGACGAACUGUUCGUCAGAAAAGAACUACAUCCAGGUGUUUCAACUUGAAUGACAAUCAGAGAUAAUUGUUUGCGUAUUCGGAUUUAAUCCAGAGCGACUCAUGGUAACCAUGUGAUGAUUUGCCGCCAUCUUUAAUCAGCACACAAUUGUGUACGUCAUAAUGUACAUGCGCUGUAGUCACAUUAAAGAUUCGCGCACUUAGUUCUCGCUCAAUAUCCACGCAGGAUUCACAUGCUGGAUAUAUGAUUUCACUACCACAAUGGUGAAUUGUAACCAGCUAAAUAUUAUCGUAACUAGUUCAAACUUCAAAUCAAUAGUAAUGUGGCAAAGUGAAUUAAUGUAGGCACAAGAAAUAAAGUAUAUACAUUGUAUUUACAUUGAAAGAGUGAGAGAAUAAUCUUGCUAGAUAUAUCGGAAUAUAUCCCGUCGUCUGCUUCUUAUCAAAUCCAAGUAUUGUCAUGUCCACGAAGUUAGAACCGAGGCAAUGGCAAGGAAGCAGUGGGUCACACUUUAACGUAAUCACAAACGUCGACACCAGUACAUUGUAGACAAAAAUGCGUAUUACGUAUAGGAGAGGUACUCGUGGGUAAUUUCGACCUCGAUUUAAAAGAGACAAUGCAUUUGCACGAACACUGAUCGUCAGGAUUAAGGGCCAGUUUUUUAGUCUGUGGGUAGAUCUACUCAUAAAAAGCUAUAAUAUUUCCUGUCCUGAGAUUCAUGUUAAUUGCAUUCUUGUUUUACAAUUAUUGUUGUGGGUUGAGUAAGGUAACGAAGACGAUUUCAAGUGUAUUCGGUGGCUGAUGUCUGUUUUUUACGUGUUAAAUUAUGGGAGGUUCAAGAACACAUCAAAUUAUGUCAGAUGUUUGUAAUAUCGAGUCUGUGUACGUAUAGGCGUUGAAAGGAGUGUUGUCUAUAAAUAUUUGUGGUAACAAAUCAUUAUUCAU